AGAUGCCGGCAGACAGGAGCUGGAGAAAAACGCUUGGAACACACGGGAGGCUGCAGCUCAGCCAAUGGCAGGGCGCAGCAUGCAGCACAGGGCGGGGAGCUGCUGGAGCACAGCACAGAGAGCCAGCCUGCCUACAUGCUUAUUGUGUAAAUCUUUUUAAAGCAAUUAGCCGCAGCAUCAUCUAAACCUUCUACCCCUGGCUGGGUGAAAUAGCCUACAUCUUUUUUGAAAAGAGUGUUUUCAUUCGGCUCAAGAAAAGGCAGGUAGGCAUCAUCAUCAUCAUCACCCUUAACCAUGACUGACAGGAAAGCUGUGAUCAAGAACGCAGACAUGUCCGAGGACAUGCAGCAGGACGCGGUGGACUGUGCCACCCAGGCCAUGGAGAAGUACAACAUAGAGAAGGACAUCGCAGCCUACAUCAAGAAGGAGUUUGACAAGAAGUACAACCCCACCUGGCACUGCAUCGUCGGGAGGAACUUUGGCAGCUACGUCACCCACGAGACAAAGCAUUUCAUUUACUUCUACUUGGGCCAAGUGGCUAUAUUGCUCUUCAAGUCUGGCUGAGAAUGUCCUGAAGGGUGUUGAGGAGGUUUUCUCCCUGAACCUAAAUUGGAAAUGCACUGGUGGCUGAUGUCUCCCAUACACUAAUAACGACAUACCAUAAUGAUGCAAACCAGGCCGUGCGCAAAUGCAUGGACUAUACACUAUUAAAUGUAUGUUACAGUAAGUUUACUUUUCGAUAGUUGCCAUUUGAAUGCAACUGAAGUAGUUUUUGUUGAUACUGUUAAAUUCUAGGUUGUAAAAGAUUUCAACGUGGCCCUCGAUUGUAAAAUAAAGGAAAGCUGUAGAAUGUAAUGGUGCAUCUGCUUUCCUUCACAAGUGGCAUUGCCAGAACCUGUUAUGAGACUCCAUCUGUCGGUUUAGAUGGUAAAAUCAUACUGCGUGCACCAGUUUAACACUUCAUUAUCCAGAUUUUAACACAGGAACAUGGAAAGAAGUCGAUGAAUGGAGCAAAAUAGUCUUUUCACAUGAUGAGUUACUUCACGGCAUUCCUUUGAUUUCCAGGAGAACAAACAGCAUGAGUUCAGUUCAUAGUUCAGUUGCUAUUUUACUAAUUUAAAAGGAAUUAUGUCUGUACAUGCAAAUACAAAACCUUUAAUGUUUAUUUGGAUAUAAAAUAAAAUAUCCAAUGGAUUUCAGAAAAGAUGUCAUCCAACACACUUUGGAACCAACACAAGCCAGUGCAUGCAUUUCCAGGGAUGUGUAGUUUGUCAAGUUUCACUGUGAGGCACGGUAGAGCAAAUAAAGCUCACAAACAGUUCUUUAGCCUGUAAUGUCAGAGUAAUAACACUACAGACCGGUCACCCCAACCUCCCAACUCACCUACCUAGAUAUCAGUCCUAUAAUCCUGUGUUUCUGCAUGCUUGGAGGAUAAUGACCACCAUUUCUUUAACUGUCAUCAGACCCAAACAAAAGCUCACCUUGAAGAUAAAUAGUUUUUUUAACUUUUGAGUAUGUAGAUAUUGGACUGACCCGAUGUAAAGCAGUGUUGGGAAGGUGAUUUAGAGAAAAACAUCUGCAGUCAACUCUACCAAGGCUACCAACACCCCUGUGUUUCCGAUUCGCGUGUCUUGUGUGGCUCGUAAUACUUUCAAGUUACAUUUACCUCUGACCUUUACUUUUGCAUUGUCAGUGUACUGCCAGACAUGCAGGAAAGACGAAGCAUUUAGGAGUUCUUCUUAAAGCAACUGCAAGGAGGCGUAUCCCUUGUCUAGCAACUGAUUUUUUUAUUUUUUAUUUUGUCGUGUCAGUAUAAUUAAUUGGAAAGGGCAAAGCUUAAUGUUUGGAUUCUUUAAGAGGGCAGUUUGGAGGGAUUUAGUCAUGCGGUUGGAUAACACCACACAUUUCUCGCUGUGUUGUAAGACAGUGUUUUAAGUUGCUCUCUUGCAUAAUCCAACAAUGGGUAAAAUGUGUAUCUUUCAAAUGUUAGCUUGGAUUGACAUUGAGGGAAGUCUUCCUAACUAUUGUCAAUGUUAACUGAUUUAGUAUUGUUUUUCUGGCAUGCAUUUUUGCUGUGUAUAUGUAGGAGCCGUUACAAUGCUGUUAAAUUUGCACAAAACGUGUGCCUGUCAUUGCUCUCAACUGUAACCGGCUUGAGUACAAUUGCACUUCAUUAGAGUUAUCCAGUAGGUUGCUACAGAACCAAAAUCGUAUAAACUCGAUAAAAUAAAAAUUAAUUGUUGACUUAUU